AGCCGUGCCCCCAUUCCCAUGGCCGUGGUCCGCAGAGAGCUGUCCUGUGAGAGUUACCCCAUAGAGCUCCGCUGUCCGGGGACAGACGUCAUCAUGAUCGAAAGUGCCAACUAUGGGCGGACGGAUGACAAGAUCUGUGACUCGGACCCUGCUCAGAUGGAGAAUAUCCGGUGUUACCUGCCAGAUGCCUAUAAGAUUAUGUCUCAAAGAUGUAAUAACAGGACCCAGUGUGCGGUGGUGGCUGGUCCCGAUGUUUUUCCAGACCCGUGUCCCGGAACCUACAAGUACCUGGAAGUGCAGUAUGAGUGCGUCCCUUACAAAGUGGAACAAAAAGUUUUUCUUUGUCCUGGACUUCUAAAAGGAGUGUACCAGAGCGAGCAUUUGUUUGAGUCUGACCACCAGUCUGGGGCGUGGUGCAAAGACCCUCUGCAGGCUUCUGAUAAGAUCUAUUAUAUGCCCUGGACGCCCUACAGGACCGACACCCUGACCGAGUACUCGUCCAAGGACGACUUCAUUGCUGGACGGCCGACCACCACCUACAAGCUUCCUCACAGGGUGGACGGCACGGGGUUUGUGGUGUACGACGGGGCUUUGUUCUUCAACAAGGAGCGCACUAGGAACAUAGUGAAGUUCGAUUUGCGGACGAGAAUAAAGAGCGGAGAGGCCAUCAUCGCCAAUGCCAACUACCACGACACCUCGCCCUACCGCUGGGGAGGCAAGUCUGACAUAGACCUGGCCGUGGAUGAGAACGGGCUGUGGGUGAUCUAUGCCACGGAACAGAACAACGGCAGAAUCGUCAUUAGUCAGUUGAACCCUUACACCCUGCGUAUCGAAGGGACGUGGGAUACUGCCUAUGAUAAGAGGUCGGCUUCCAAUGCGUUCAUGAUCUGUGGGAUUCUGUACGUGGUCAAAUCCGUGUAUGAGGAUGAUGACAAUGAGGCCACGGGGAAUAAGAUCGACUACAUUUACAACACGGACCAAAGCAAGGACAGUGUGGUGGACGUGCCCUUCCCCAAUUCCUACCAGUACAUCGCGGCCGUGGAUUACAACCCCAGGGACAACCUGCUGUACGUGUGGAAUAACUAUCACGUCGUGAAAUACUCUCUGGACUUCGGGCCUCUGGACAGUAGGUCGGGGCAGGCACAUCAUGGACAAGUUUCAUACAUUUCUCCACCAAUUCACCCUGACUCUGAGCUAGACAGACCCUCUGUCAAAGAAAUCUCUACCACAGGACCUCUCGGCAUGGGCAGCACGGCCACCAGCACCACGCUGAGGACCACGGCCUGGGGACCGGGGAGGAGCACCACCCCGUCAGGGCCGGGAAGAAGGAACCGGAGCACCAGCACCCCGUCCCCUGCCGUGGAGGUGCUCGCAGACAUGACCACACCCCCCCCAUCUGCAUCAUCCCAAAGAAAUAGUAACAGUCCCCCUACUCCAGACGUUCGUGAGAGAUGGGUGAAAUACUUUGCUGGAAAGCCCUCCGUACUACAGAAAUAUGUCAUUGUUAUUCUGUGUGUGUCCACUUACCUGUGCCUCGCGCCCGAUGGAAUCUGGGAUCCCCAAGGACCAGACCUCAGCAACUGUUCUUCUCCUUGGGUCAAUCAUAUAACACAGAAGUUGAAAUCUGGAGAGACAGCUGCCAAUAUUGCAAGAGAGCUCGCUGAGCAGACCAGGAAUCACUUGAAUGCUGGGGACAUCACCUACUCCGUCCGGGCCAUGGACCAGCUGGUGGGCCUCCUGGACGUCCAGCUGCGGAACCUGACCCCCGGUGGCAAGGACAGCGCUGCACGCAGUUUGAACAAGCUUCAGAAAAGAGAGCGCUCUUGCAGAGCCUAUGUCCAGGCCAUGGUCGAGACGGUUAACAACCUCCUCCAGCCACAAGCUCUGAACGCGUGGAGGGACCUUACCACGAGUGAUCAGCUGCGUGCAGCCACCAUGCUGCUCGACACGGUGGAGGAAAGUGCUUUUGUGCUGGCUGAUAACCUUCUGAAGACAGACAUUGUCAGAGAGAACACGGAGAACAUUAAAUUGGAAGUUGCAAGGCUGAGCACAGAAGGAAAUUUAGAGGACCUAAAAUUUCCGGAAAACACGGACCAUGGAAGCACUGUCCAGCUUUCUGCAAAUACUUUAAAGCAAAAUGGCCGGAAUGGAGAAAUAAGAGUGGCCUUUGUCCUGUAUGACAACUUGGGUCCUUAUUUGUCCACGGAGAAUGCUAGCAUGAAGCUGGGGACAGAGGCUAUGUCCACCAAUCACUCUGUUAUCGUCAAUUCGCCGGUGAUCACAGCAGCAAUAAACAAAGAGUUCAGUAAUAAGGUUUACUUGGCUGACCCCGUGGUGUUUACUGUCAAACAUAUCAAGCAGUCAGAGGAAAAUUUCAACCCUAACUGUUCAUUUUGGAGCUAUUCCAAGCGCACGAUGACGGGUUACUGGUCAACCCAAGGCUGUCGGCUCCUGACAACAAACAAGACGCACACCACGUGCUCCUGUAACCACCUAACAAACUUUGCCGUGCUGAUGGCACAUGUGGAAGUGAAGCACAGCGACGCCGUCCACGACCUCCUGCUGGACGUGAUCACGUGGGUUGGAAUCCUGCUGUCCCUUGCCUGUCUCCUGAUCUGCGUCUUCACAUUUUGCUUUUUCCGCGGGCUCCAGAGUGACCGUAACACCAUCCACAAGAACCUCUGCGUCAGCCUCUUUGUAGCAGAGCUGCUCUUCCUGAUCGGGAUCAACCGGACGGACCAGCCGAUCGCCUGCGCUGUGUUUGCUGCCCUCCUCCACUUCUUCUUCCUGGCUGCCUUCACCUGGAUGUUCCUGGAGGGUGUGCAGCUCUACAUCAUGCUGGUGGAGGUUUUCGAGAGUGAGCACUCCCGCAGGAAGUACUUCUACCUGGUGGGCUACGGGAUGCCUGCCCUCAUCGUGGCUGUGUCGGCCGCAGUGGACUACAGGAGUUACGGGACAGAUAAAGUCUGUCAUUUGAGAAUAGACUUGUUUCUUUUUUUUUUUUUCAUUCCCCAAUUAUGCUACAUAACACUACCUUUUGCUUUCCAGCUUAAUGUAAUCUUCCUCGGGAUUGCUUUAUAUAAAAUGUUUCAUCACACUGCCAUCCUGAAACCUGAAUCAGGCUGUCUUGAUAAUAUCAACUAUGAGGAUAACAGACCCUUCAUCAAGUCAUGGGUUAUAGGUGCAAUAGCUCUUCUCUGCCUCUUAGGACUGACCUGGGCCUUUGGACUCAUGUACAUCAAUGAGAACACGGUCAUCAUGGCCUAUCUCUUCACCAUUUUCAAUUCUCUGCAGGGAAUGUUUAUAUUCAUAUUCCAUUGUGUCCUACAGAAAAAGGUACGGAAAGAGUACGGGAAGUGUCUGCGUACACACUGCUGCAGCGGGAACAGUACAGAGAGCUCCAUGGGCUCCGGGAAAACCUCGGGUUCCCGAACUCCCGGGCGCUACUCCACAGGCUCACAGAGCCGGAUCCGCAGAAUGUGGAAUGACACAGUCCGAAAACAGUCCGAGUCUUCCUUUAUUACCGGAGAUAUAAACAGUUCAGCGUCACUCAACAGAGGGUCCGAUCUUCCCUGUACUCAGCCGUGUGUCACAUAUUUAAGAGCCAUGGCCAAUCAUCUUAUAAGCAAUGCCCUGCUCCGUCCGCAAGGCACUCACAAUCCCUAUAACACAUUGCUGGGGGAACCGGCGGUCUGUAACAACCCUACCGUCAGCAUGUACAACGCCCAAGAGGGGCUUCUGAACAAUGCCAGGGAUACAAGUGUCAUGGAUACUCUACCACUGAAUGGUAACCAUGGCAAUAGCUACAGCAUGGCCAGCAGCGAGUACCUGGGCAACUGUGUGCAAAUCAUAGACCGAGGCUAUACCCAUAACGAGACCGCCCUGGAGAAAAAGAUUCUGAAGGAACUCACUUCCAACUAUAUUCCUUCUUACCUGAACAACCACGAGCGCUCCAGCGAGCAGAACAGGAAUCUGAUGAACAAGCUGGUGAAUAACCGUGGCAGUGGGAGCCAAGAGGACGCCAUAGUCCUGGACGACGCCACCUCCUUUAACCACGAGGAGGGUUUGGGCCUGGAACUCAUUCAUGAGGAAUCGGACGCUCCUUUGCUGCCCCCGAGAGUGUACUCCAUGGAGAACCACCUGCCGCACCAUUACAGCCGAAGGCGGCUUCCCCAGGACCACAGUGAGAGCUUCUUCCCUUUGCUAACCAACGAGCACACAGAAGACCUCCAGUCGCCCCACAGGGACUCUCUGUACACCAGCAUGCCAGCACUGGCUGGCGUGACCGCCACGGAGAGUGUGACCACCAGCACCCAGACCGAACCCCCGCCGGCCAAAGGUGGUGAUGCCGAAGACGUUUACUACAAAAGCAUGCCAAACCUAGGCUCCAGGAACCACGUCCAUCAGCUGCACACGUACUACCACCUAGGCCGGGGCAGCAGUGAUGGCUUUAUAGUUCCUCCAAACAAAGACGGGACUCCUCCCGAGGGGAGCUCAAAAGGACCUGCUCAUUUGGUCACUAGUCUAUAG